UACAGUUUUGACAAACAUUUGGUUGUUUUCCUCGACUGCAGUUUAUUGGGUUUUUCUCUGCAUAUUUCGUUUAAUUUUUUUUUUUUUAUGGCCUCACCAUGACACAAAAGCAAUUGCAAAUUUUAUUUAUUAGUAUUGGUAUAUGCCUGCUUUUGUUUAUCAGCUCCGUAAGUAGCCAGGAAAAAUGGUCACGUCAAAUAUCGGAGGCAACGGAAUCCGGUGUAACCAAUGAUAACUACGAUUGGAUACCUUUGCCUCAAUCGGCGGACAAUUCGUCGAGGGAUCGUUCUUCUAAUGGACGAGUGCUAACCUAUUCACAAUCCUUCCCCCCUGACGGACAUUUCGCAGAUUUAUCGAGAGCUAUUAAUAAUGCUGCCGUUUCCUCGAAAUCUUCACCGUUUGACUUCUCUUACGCCCCAUUUCGAAGCUUAUCCAAUUCACCUCAAACACAGUCAUUACGGCAACAGCCAAGUCCACUAUCAAAAGCAAAUAAUCUACAGCCUCAAGAGCCAACGUCACAAUCGUUUUUCAAAUUUGAAAUGCCAUUAGGUAAUGCAAAUAAUCGUCCAGCAAAUAUUGCAUCCGGUGUCAAUACUGGCUAUAAUAUACAACAUGCUUUUGGUGGCGGUGGUCAAGCUACUUUAUUUAAUUCUCCGUUAUUCAAUCAACAACCCAUUUUUCCCCCUGAAUUUCAUCCUUUGCCACAAAAACCGACAGCGCAAUCUUUACAGCGCAGACCUUCACAUCAUCAAAACUUUGUGGAAGAUCCUAUUAGUUUAAAUAAUUUCUUUAAAGACACGAAGCCCACCCAAUCACCGUUGCAAUCUGUGACGCCUCAAGUAUUCCCAGUGGAACCUCAACCACCGGAGCAAUCUGUAUUGCAGCUUAGUAAACCUUCGACAUUCCAAUUUAACCCUUUGCCUACAGCUCCAGUUCACUCCGUACCUUCUUCUGUCCCCCCAGUGGGAUUAAAUAACCAGCAAGCCGAUGUCCAGUAUCUGUACGUGCCCUUUGAAAGUUUAUACAAUCAGCAACAGCCAGUGCAACAAACAUAUAGUCAGCAACCACAAUCUUAUGACGUUCCCGCAAAAUACAAUAAUAAUCCAGUUUUUACUACAGUGAAUCCAUUUCAUAUUAAUCAAUUUUAUACGCCGGAACCGGUAAUACCAUCACAACCUCGUCGACCAAACGUUUACACCACCAGUACUACAACAACAACCACUUCUACCACUACAACCACACAAAGACCGCGAACUACCACCAGAAAACCUACUAAUGUUUAUGAAAAUUAUCUUAAGUCUCAGACCACUACACUAAAACCUAAGCCUAAGGCCCAUCAACCCCCGUUGGCUAUGUUUUUGGUUCGCACCUCGUCUCGUCUAUCAGAGAGCCAGGUGGUGGAUACAUUAAAAAAUGCCCGCAGUAUCGCUGUCGUUGACGCUCCAAAUUCCAAUACUCCAGCGAUUUUUGUGGGUCCAGGCGGUAUGCCCACUCCGAAUGGUUACACAAAAUUCGAAUUACCUUAUCUUUCGCAGCUACAAGGUGCCCAAAAUCUAAAUGAUGUUCCAUUCUACGUAGCUCCUCUAAGCUAUCGCACACCUCCAGGAUUUAGCAAAAUACUGUUGCCGGAACCUCACGUGGGCUCCAUAGUUAUUAAUUUGGCGAGGGCAAGUCCUCCUGCACCACCACCGCCACCGCCACCACCAAGAGUGCAAAAUCAACCUCAAAUGCAACCUGUAUCACCAGUACAUUCGAAUAUUUAUUACAGCUUCCCUCAACAGAAUCUUUUAGACGAAUACACCAGUAGCACCUCACGACCUAAGACUACAAGUCAACGUACGAAGAUUCCAAAUCGUGGCAACAAGGUUAGCUAUUACUCUGAGGUGGACCCCAUUUUGGAAGUAUCUUCUCCCAAAAUAUCACCAAAAGAACGUCCGAAGAAAAAGAGACCACAGAGUAAUAAUAAUGAACAGCAAUUAGUGUAUAAUCAACAUCCAAAUAAUCCCUAUGCUCAAUUUAAUCCAAUGCCUAAUCAAAUAAGCGACAUCAAAUACUUUAAAUUACCUGUUAGUAGACCUAGUACAACAUCCUCUACAUCCACCAGCACCACUACUAGCAGCACAACAACUUCAACUACACCGGCUCCUCAGACUUAUUUCAUUUAUAAUACUAGUCCGGAAGUAGAAUAUCAUAGUACGAGAGGUCAUUUGAACCCGCAAAACAAUCAGGUUGUUCAAGAACAAUACAAGCCAGCUUUAACUACGUCACCUCCACAAACACCCCAACCUCAAAAUAAUUACGAUUAUCAAAAUAACCAAAACAUCCAACAACAAUAUGACCCCCCUUUAACUACUCUACCACAAUACCAAAGUACAAGAGAUCAAUUUAAUAAUCAAAUCGCUCAAGAAGAACGUAAACCUCAUUUAAGCGCUGAGAUCCCUCAAACACCGCCACCGCCACGGUAUUCCCAGUACGAAAUAAGUGACUCUUCAAAUACCCAAAGUAAUCAAGUCGAGCAGAAUGAAUACAAGCCGCGUUUAACAACCCCGCCAAGUCCGGUAGGUAGUAUAACACCGGAAGAGGAAUAUCGCAUGAAACAGUAUUUCCGACAACAGGAUGCUUUCCGGAAUCGUCCGAAAAUUAUUCCAACAACGACACCCGCUUACGAGCAGGAACACUAUACACCUCAAAACUUUGAGUACGCCGCUACACAAAGACCUCCCAGCACUACCACUACAACGACAACUAAGCGACCACGAAUAACUUUCUAUAGUCCUACUUCUGCGCCUGAGAUAAAUGACCAAUUUAGUACACUGGCCCAAACCUCAGAUCAAAAUAAUUACAAUAUACCUGCGAACCAUCGACCUGCAUAUAACCAAAAUGAAGUAAGCGAUGGUCCCGUAGAAUAUGAUCCAAAUCCCUAUCAAUUGCCGUCGGAAUUGCCUCCUUUAACUCCAAAUUUGCCCGGUUUAGUCAAUAAUUUGCAAGAAAAAGGCAAACAAAAUAACGUAGAGCAAAAUGCACCGACGUCUUCAGAGCCCACACGGCCUACACGCAGACCUUUUAAUCGGCUACGUAAGCCUGUCGCUACGAAAAUAAGUUCCUCAGUUUCUUAUUCCGAAACAGAAAACACGAAUAGACGACCGGCCAACAGACUUAGACGACCGUAUGGCACCAAAGCUUCAGCUUACAUUAAUACAGAGGACACGGCCGCCACGUCUACAACUACGACGAGACGUCCAAGCGCCUCGCGAAAGCCACUGAUACGGAAUCCUAAUCGUAUACGCUACCAGCCGACACCGGAAGAACGUGAAAGCUUAAGAUUGAAACCUAAAAAGCGAUACAAGGGCUCCGCCAAGAAACAGGAAAGCGAAGAUUUAGACUACCAACGUGACGUUCUAAAACAAAACUAUCCUAUCUUUAGACCUUCGACACGAAGAACUACUACCACUCCAGAACCUCUCACUAGCUACUCCGAAAUCACCACUGAAGUUCCUGCAUCGGAGUCGCAACAAAUUUACACAGUAACACCCGGGAAUAAUAUUGACAACGACAACGAACAAAAUUUCCCGGCAGGCCUUUUAGAACCCAUGCAAAUUGCUCAACAAUAUAAUCAUUACACUAAUAACUACGGCCCGGGUUAUUUCCCGAAUCAAGAAGAUCUAAACCCUACCGAAUCAAUAUAUAAGAAUGAAAUUAAUCCCGCAUAUGCAACCACUACGCAAGACUAUACUACAACAUUUCGAACGACUACAACAACCGCAAAAACUACCGAAGCUCCACCAGAGGAAACAACGUUAACAACCACAAGACGUUCUCCCUUUAUACGCAGAAAUUAUCCAAGAAUACGAACAACAACGGAAACUCCUACCACUACAACCCAAGCUGAGGAAGAACGAUAUCUGAUACGGCCGCGUUUACCACCACGGAAAGUGGUAAGAGUACGUGCUCGCACACGACGCCCUUUGCAUCCAGCGUCGUCGACCCCAUCAACAGAAGAGGAGAACGAGCAAGGUGAAGAAUCAAAACAAACCUACCGCAAAACAAAUCGUUACAAUCAAGGUUCAACGGAUAACGAGCCACCAAGACGUCGCUAUAAAACUAGAUUUCAAUUAGAGGCUCAAGAAUCGCAAUGGUCUCCUGCUGUAAAAGUCGUCUCAUCUAGUAACUUUAAGCCCAUUAAUCCUAAAGAAUAUCCAGUAAAUAAACACAAGUUCGAGAAUGAGCCUGACAUAGUUACGGUGGAUCCCAAAGAGGAAAAUGAAAAUUACGAAAUUAAAGUGUCAGCGAAUUAUGGUUCAAAAAGCGGCAUCAACACACACGGCUUAAGAGGGCCAAGUCUUAGACCUGAGAAAUCUUUUGCUGAACUUCUUGAAGAAGUCAUGGGGAAAGCACCCGGCGAAAAGCUUACAGAGGCUAAGAGUAACGAUGAAUCAGCGGACGGUUCUAUCUUUGAAUCACAAAGAAACUCGAUUGCCGAUCGCAUAUAUCCGAAUCGUCGCGGUAAAUGGAAAAAAGUUCGUGUCUCACUAGCACCAAGUAACAAUGAAAGUUUCGAAUUGGCUGAAUCUCAAAAUUUAGGUUCACAACUAAUUAACUCAAUACCCACUAGCGGAAAACCUAUUACAGUUGUAGAUUUAAAUAAAGAUUUAAAGAUUACAACACCCAUAACAGCUACAGUGGAUAUAAAUAGAGUAACAACAAUGAUAAAUACUACACCUAUUUCGGUGCAGGCAAAGGUAGAAGAGAAAAGUGAGUACAGCAGUCAAACUACAGAAAAAGCAGAGAACUUUACUAUGGAGCCUACGAUUUUGGCAAAGGAAACAACUACCACGGAGAACCUGUCCGAAAUCGUCGGUCAGGAAGAAAUUGCUACACGCCGGAUGGAUGAAGAUAGCAAAGAAGAGGAUUUAGAAAUUCAACCUAGCUUAUUUUCGGAGGUAAAAAAGCAAUUGCAUGAGCUUUUCUCUAUCGAAGAAGAAAGCGAUGAUAGCGCUGUGACGGCGGCUCUAACAGCCGUAAGUAAACGACGCCAAGAGUAUACUCAUAUUAAGAGGGUAAAACCCGAAACUACGGUAGCACCGACGACAGAAAUUCCUAAUUUCAACAAGCCGAUGACACCAGAAGAGAGACAAGCGUUCCACAAACAAUUAAUGGAACAUGUUAUAUAUGCAACAUCGCAGCCCGCGAUUGAACAAACCUCGGAAGCAGAAAUCUGUUAUAGAGGGCGUUGUAUAAAAUCUGAUGAUAUACCAGCCAAUCAUAAGAUAAAUUAACGCGAAGGAAGAGCUUAGAAAAAAGAAUAAACGAGAGAAAUCUGAGAUUUGUGAUAAGAAUACUUAUAGAGAAAAACUAUGCAGCUGUCUCUCCCAGCAUAUAAUUUUCUAUCUCUUUCUUUUCCUCUAUUUUUCUUUUUAUGCCACUGCCAGCUUAUUACUCUAUACCCUUGCACUCUGAGUCAUGUUCUGGAACACUUUAUAAAUAACUACUAUUGUAAUUAUUAUUAUUUAGUUUUAAUUUAAUUAAAUUCACAUAAAUAAACUAAAAUUAAUUUGUAAGAUAAAAAAAAAAACACAAAUAUUUUUUAGUUUAUUUAAAUUGAGUGAAAAGAGAGCGAAUUCGCCUAUUGAAGUUAUCUCAUCUUUUUUAUACUUUCUACAACUCUCUAGUU